AUGGGUCCUCCUCUGAAGUUCUUCAAAAACCAGAAGUACCAGGAACUGAAGCAGGAAUGCAUCAGGGAUGGUAGACUUUUCUGUGAUCCAACCUUUUUGCCUGAAAAUGAUUCACUUUUCUACAACCGACUGCUUCCUGGAAAGGUGAUAUGGAAACGCCCCCAGGACAUCUGCGAUGACCCUCGUCUGAUUGUGGGCAACAUCAGCAACCACCAGCUGACCCAAGGGAGACUGGGGCACAAGCCAAUGAUCUCUGCGUUUUCCUGUUUGGCUGUUCAGGAGUGUCACUGGACAAAGACAAUCCCCAACCAUAAGGAACAGGAAUGGGACCCUCGAAAACUAGAUAAAUAUGCUGGGAUAUUUUACUUCCGGUUCUGGCAUUUUGGAGAAUGGACUGAGGUGGUGAUUGAUGACUUGCUGCCCACCAUCAACGGAGAUCUUGUGUUCUCCUUCUCCACCUCCAUGAAUGAGUUUUGGAAUGCUCUGUUGGAAAAAGCUUAUGCCAAGCUCCUUGGCUGUUAUGAAGCCCUUGAUGGUCUGACCACCAGUGAUAUCAUUGUGGACUUCACUGGCACAUUGGCUGAAACUGUUGACAUGCAGAAGGGAAGAUACUCUGAUCUUGUUGAGGAGAAGUACAAGCUGUUUAAAGAACUGUACAAAACAUUUACCAAAGGAGGUCUGAUCUGUUGCUCCAUUGAGUUUCCUGACCAGGAGGAACAAGAAGUUGAAACUGAUUGGGGUCUGCUGAAGGGCCAUACUUACACCAUGACUGAUAUUCGCAAGAUCCGCCUUGGAGAAAGACUUGUGGAAGUCUUCAGUACUGAGAAGCUGUACCUGAUUCGUCUGAGGAACCCCUUGGGAAGACAGGAAUGGAGUGGGCCCUGGAGUGAGAUUUCUGAAGAGUGGCAACAACUGACUGCAGCAGAUCGCAAGAACCUGGGGAUUGUUAUGUCUGAUGAUGGAGAGUUUUGGAUGAGCCUGGAGGACUUUUGCCGCAACUUCCAUGAACUCAAUGUCUGCCGCAAUGUGAACAACCCAGUUUUUGGCCGCAAGGAGCUGGAGUCGGUGGUGGGAUGCUGGACUGUGAACGAUGAUCCCCUAAUGAAUCGUUCAGGAGGUUGCUAUAACAACCGUGAUACCUUCCUGCAGAACCCCCAGUACAUCUUCACUGUGCCAGAGGAUGGGCACAAGGUCAUCAUGUCUCUACAGCAAAAAGACCUGCGCACUUACCGCCGCAUGGGAAGACCUGACAAUUACAUCAUCGGCUUUGAGCUCUUCAAGGUGGAAUUGAACCGUAAAUUCCGCCUCCACCACCUCUACAUUCAGGAGCGUGCCGGGACCUCCACUUACAUCGACACACGCACCGUGUUUCUGAGCAAAUACCUGAAGAAGGGCAACUAUGUGCUUGUCCCAACCAUGUUCCAGCAUGGUCGUACCAGCGAGUUCCUCCUGAGAAUCUUCUGUGAAGUGCCUGUCCAGCUCAGGGAGCUGACUCUGGACAUGCCCAAGAUGUCCUGCUGGAAUCUGGCUCGUGGCUACCCCAAGGUUGUCACCCAGAUCACGGUGCAUAGCGCUGAGGGACUGGAGAAGAAGUAUGCCAAUGAAACUGUAAACCCAUAUUUGAUCAUCAAGUGUGGAAAGGAAGAAGUCCGUUCUCCUGUCCAAAAGAACACCGUUCAUGCCAUUUUUGACACCCAGGCCAUUUUCUACAGAAGGACCACUGACAUUCCUAUUAUAGUGCAGGUAUGGAACAAGCGAAAGUUCCGUGAUCAGUUCUUGGGCCAGGUUACUCUGGAUGCUGACCCCAGUGACUGCCGUGAACUAAAGUCCCUGUACCUGCGUAAGAAGGGUGGCCCAACCGCCAAAGUGAAACAAGGCCACAUCAGCUUCAAGGUUAUUUCGAGCGAUGACCUCACUGAGCUCUAA